CAUCCGCACACACAGAUAGCAAAAAUGCACUUCCCUUCAUCAACAUCAUCAUCUUCUCUUAUCACCGCCAUUUUCUGCUUGCUCUUGGUUAUAGCUUCCCUGUUCCUUCCAGGAGCCUAUGGCCGUGCCUCGGCUAUUUCAACUCACAGUAAAGUGGAGAUGAAGGGAGGAUUUAUUCCUGCAAAGGGAAGCCAUCCUCGUCCUGCCGGAGUGUAUGCUGCCGCAAAUUCUCAUCGUAACACAGCAUCUUGUUCUAGAAAGGGCAAAGUGUGUGCUGCCCCCAGAAAUUAUCGUCCUGGCACAUCUAUUUACAACCGGGGACAUCCUUGAAAAAAAAACAUGUUGGUUGUUCCAGAUGCCAUCAAGCCAAGAACUUCGUGUUUCUCAUGAUCGUGAUAUAUAUGUAAUAUGUCAUAAUACUCUUGGUAUGUUCAAGAUGUAGUAGAAUUACUUCAGUUCCUUGUAUUCCGCAAAUCAUCUUCCAUACAUUCUCAUGUGUAGACUCGUCUUGACAAUAGUAAAAUAUAAAGAGAUGAGUUUGACAGUUUAA